AUGUCCGCUGAUCGCCACGAUGAGGAGCAGUUAGUUGAGGACAAUGGAUCCCAGCAAAAAGGGACUGCUUAUGAACCGGGGAUCAGAUCUCCCAUGAGUCUUAUCAGCAAGGAUGAGACGGAGAAUCUGAGGCGGAUUGCCACCCAUCGGUCAAACAAGUCGCGCAGACGUUCAAGCGUAUACGCUACAGAUGGGAAUACCACCGACGCUGUUCCCGAAGACCCUGCGUUGGAUCCGCAGGGGCCAGAGUUCAACUUGGAAAGGUGGCUGAGAGCCUUUGUGGCAGAUGUAGAAGGAAGAGGUCUUUCCAAGCUACAAGCAGGAAUAUUGUUCAAACACUUGAAUGUCUCCGGUUCCGGGGCAGCCCUCCAGCUACAGGACACCGUUGGCUCGAUGUUAGCCACGCCACUUCGGAUUCCGGAAUUGCUUUGCCAGAGACACUCUCCAUCUCGAUUGAUUCUCAAGGAGUUCAAUGGUUUGAUGAAAAGCGGGGAGUUGUUGCUGGUGCUAGGACGCCCAGGUGCAGGUUGUAGUACCUUCCUCAAGGCGCUCUGCGGCGAGACUCAUGGUCUUGAUGUUGAUCCGACAAGUGUCCUCCAUUAUAACGGCAUUUCUCAUAAGCGUAUGAUGAAGGAAUUCAAAGGCGAAGUGGUCUACAACCAAGAGGUAGAUAAACACUUUCCUCAUCUCACUGUUGGACAAACCCUCGAGUUUGCAGCAGCCGCCCGAACUCCUUCUCACCGGUUCCGCGACAUGAACCGUGAUGAAUACGCCAAAUACGCAGCCCAGGUGAUCAUGGCGGUCCUCGGCUUGAGUCAUACCUACAAUACUAAAGUGGGAAAUGACUUUGUUCGUGGUGUCUCUGGAGGAGAACGUAAGAGAGUGAGUAUCGCGGAAAUGGCUCUGGCUGCGACGCCUUUGGCCGCGUGGGAUAACUCAACUCGAGGACUAGACUCAGCUACCGCGCUGAAGUUCGUGGAAGCACUUCGGAUUAUGUCGGACAUGGCAGGCACAGCACACGCAGUGGCAAUCUACCAAGCCAGUGAAAGUAUAUACAAGGUCUUUGAUAAGGUCACCGUGCUCUACGAAGGACGCCAGAUCUUCUUUGGGCCAACGUCCACGGCCAAAGCCUUUUUCGAACGGCAAGGCUGGCAAUGCCCUUCUCGACAAACGACAGGCGACUUCUUGACUUCGAUCACGAAUCCGCAAGAGCGACGACCGCGCCCGGGUAUGGAGAAUGUAGUUCCCCAGACACCCGAAGACUUUGAGAAAUACUGGCUCCAGUCUCAAGAAUAUCAGCAGCUGCAGGAGGAGAUCAAGGAGUUUGAGACAUUACACCCUCCAGGUGAUGAUGAGGCAGCUGCCACUGAAUUUCGAAAGAGGAAGCAUGAUGUGCAAUCCAAACACAGCCGCCCGGGGUCUCCAUAUCUGAUCAGUGUACCGAUGCAGAUCAAGUUGAACACAAGACGGGCAUAUCAAAGACUGUGGAAUGACAUCUCCUCCACCAUGUCAACGGUUAUGGGUAAUAUGAUCAUGGCUCUCAUCAGCGGCUCGGUCUUUUAUGGCUCUCCCAAUACUACCGCAGGCUUCGCCUCAAAGGGUGCAACGCUUUUUUUUGCAAUCCUCCUCAAUGCGUUGACUGCGAUGUCAGAAAUUAACAGUCUAUACUCCCAACGCCCUAUUGUCGAGAAGCAGGUGUCCUAUGCAUUUUAUCAUCCGGCAACUGAAGCUAUUGCAGGCGUCGUCAGCGAUAUUCCAGUCAAAUUUAUCCUUGCUGUUGCCUUCAACAUUAUCCUCUACUUUCUGGCAAACCUUCGCAGAGAGGCAUCACAGUUUUUUAUCUACUUCCUGAUGACCUUUAUCACCAUGUUCGUCAUGAGCGCGGUCUUCCGUACGAUGGCGGCAAUCACCAAGACAGCCUCUCAGGCGAUGGGGCUGGCCGGAGUUUUGAUCCUCGCUUUGAUUGUCUACACUGGCUACGUCCUUCCGGUCCCAUCGAUGCACCCUUGGUUUGAAUGGAUCCAUUAUCUCAAUCCCAUAUACUACGCCUUCGAGAUCCUAGUGGCUAAUGAGUUCCAUGAUCGCGACUUCCCUUGUUCCAGCUUUGUGCCUUCUUACGCAAACCUAUCAGGCGACAGCUUCUCCUGUUCAGCUUUUGGUUCUAUUGCUGGCCAAACAACAGUAAGUGGGGACCGCUAUAUCUUGCACAAUUACAAGUAUAGCUACAGUCAUGUAUGGCGGAACUUUGGAAUAUUGAUAGCCUUUCUUAUUGGCUUCAUGAUCAUCUACUUUGUGGCAUCGGAACUCAAUUCCUCAACAACCAGUACCGCCGAAGCACUGGUUUUCCGUCGCAACCAUGAGCCCGGGUAUAUGCGUCCUGGACAUGUAAAGUCCAAUUAUGAUGAGGAGAAUGGCAUUGAAUUGGGAUCUGUCAAUAUGGUCAGCGAGACAACCUCAGAUGAUAUACUUCUACCGCCUCAGGAAGAUAUAUUCACCUGGCGUGACAUCUGUUAUGACAUUGAAAUCAAGGGGGAACCACGACGCCUGUUGGAUCAUGUAUCUGGAUGGGUCAAACCUGGCACACUCACGGCGUUGAUGGGCGUUAGCGGAGCAGGUAAAACUACCUUGCUUGAUGUCCUGGCUCACCGAACGACAAUGGGCAUCAUUACGGGCGACAUGUUUGUCAACGGAAAGGGUCCAGAUGCAAGCUUCCAAAGGAAGACUGGGUACGUCCAGCAGCAGGACCUUCACCUUGAAACUGCGACUGUGCGGGAGUCUCUGCGUUUCAGUGCCUUAUUGCGUCAACCUGCCAGUGUCUCGAUCCAGGAGAAAUAUGAUUAUGUCGAAGACGUUAUUCGCAUGUUAAGGAUGGAGGAUUUCGCGGAAGCUAUUGUGGGCGUGCCUGGUGAGGGAUUGAACGUCGAACAACGCAAGCUAUUGACCAUUGGAGUGGAACUGGCUGCAAAGCCUAAGCUUCUCCUCUUCCUCGAUGAACCGACGAGUGGUCUCGAUUCCCAGAGUUCAUGGGCCAUCUGUUCGUUCCUGCGAAAGCUGGCCGAUAGUGGUCAGGCCAUCCUCUGUACCAUCCACCAGCCUAGCGCCAUUCUCUUUCAGGAAUUUGAUCAGUUAUUGUUCCUUGCAAAAGGAGGCAAAACUGUUUACUUUGGUCCAAUCGGCAGCAACUCUCGCACCCUACUCUACUACUUUGAGUCGAACGGGGGACGGAAAUGCGGAGAAUCAGAGAAUCCUGCUGAAUACAUGAUCGAAGUUGUUAAUGCUACAAUGAAUGACAAAAGGCAGCAUUGGUUCGAUGUCUGGAAGCACAGCCCUGAAAGCCAGGCAGUUCAGGAGGAGAUUGAUCGGAUCCAUGAAGAAAGGAAGUUCAAGCAGCAGGAGGAUGAGGAUCAAGCACCCAUGAGCCACUCUGAGUUUGCAAUGCCAUUCUGGUUCCAAUUAUACGUCGUGACGCGCCGUGUCUUCCUGCAGUAUUGGCGCAUGCCGGAAUAUAUCUUCGCCAAAUGGGGACUGGCCAUCAUGGCGGGCCUGUUUAUCGGCUUCUCGUUCUUUGAUGCCAAACCAUCGCUUGCAGGGAUGCAGACGGUCAUUUUCUCGUUAUUCAUGAUUUGCUCUAUCUUUGCCUCUCUUGUGCAACAGAUCAUGCCCCUAUUCGUUACACAGCGAUCUUUAUACGAGGUUCGCGAACGUCCUAGCAAAGCCUAUUCCUGGAAAGCCUUCCUGAUUGCCAAUGUGGUGGUGGAAAUCCCCUAUCAAAUCAUCAUGGGAAUCCUUACCUUCGCUUGUUACUAUUAUGCUGUUGUGGGCGCCGAUCAAUCGUCCGAACGACAAGGGCUGGUUCUGCUUUUCUGCAUUCAAUUCUAUAUCUACGCCAGCACAUUCGCUCACAUGGUCAUUGCAGCACUCCCAGAUACCCAAACUGCCAGUGCUAUCGUGGUCCUACUUUUCUCAAUGUCGCUGACGUUUUGUGGCGUGAUGCAAGCUCCAUCAGCUCUACCUGGAUUCUGGACAUUCAUGUACCGACUUUCACCCUUUACAUACUGGAUUGGAGGAAUGGCAUCAACCCAGGUCCAUGGUCGAGAAGUCGUCUGUUCAUCUACCGAGCUUGCUGUAUUCGACCCUCCAGCAAACCAGACUUGCUACGAGUACAUGGUUGAAUACAUGAAGCUUGCCGGGGGGCAAUUGCAGAAUCCUGAUGCUACAUUGGAUUGCAGAUUCUGCUCAUUGACCGUCGCGGACCAAUAUCUUGCGGGGAGCGAGAUUUAUUGGUCUGAACGCUGGCGGAACUUUGGUCUGAUUUGGGUCUAUGUUGUUUUCAAUAUCUUCAUGGCUACGGUUCUUUAUUAUCUUUUUCGUGUCCGGAAAUGGAGCCUUGCUGGUAUUAAGGAGCGGUUUUCGAAGAAGUAA